CAGACUUGUACUCUAAUUGUCCGAGGUUCAAGUCCAACUCCUGAUUCAAUCCAGAUUAGAAACCUCAAGUAGGUUAUUAAAGUUUCCGAUAACGGAUAUUUUCUCAAAUCACAUAUAUUACCAUCCAGUUAAGCAACCCAUUCGGCUUUCGUACCCCGCACACAUCCGUUCCCUCCUCUUCCAUGGCUACCUCAUCGUCCGUUCCAGUCUAUGGGGGCCACCUCGAUCGGGAUCCUCCGUCACCGAAAACUAAACCGCGUUCGAUUAAUUCAUCCGCCGUUCUGGUCCAAUCGCUAGCACUUCCGAAGAACAGCAGCUCCGCAUUCAGACAUGAUAAUAGUCCCUCCCCGCAUCCACGAUUUCCCCAACCGGCAUCUCUGGCAAACGAGAGUGCCCCUCAAGAGGAAAACACCAGUGAGCCUACCCAGUACAACAUAUUUGAUUUGAAAAACUACUCCAGUGUUCUCCUUGAAAACAAGAGCUCAGUUGCUAGAGACCAUAUGGCAAACGAGAGGACAUUCUUGGCGUGGCUUCGUACAAGUCUAGCAUUCGUGUCGAUUGGUAUCGGUGUGACCCAGUUGUUCCGCUUAUCGUCGCAGUCAUCAAACACUGUCACCAACGAAAAGUUGGCCCGCAUUCUAUCAUCGCCCUCAGCGGGACUUUUGGCCAGCUUUAGCACUGGUAAAGUCUUGGGGACGUUGUUCAUAGGCAUUGGCAUCUGCAGUUUACUAUUCGGGGUGGUGCGCUACUUUGAAGUGCAGGCGUUGCUACAAAAGAAUUACUACCCUGCGUCUCGCUUAGGGGUACUUGCGUUGAUUAUAUCGGUAUUUUGCUUAAUAACUGCCACUUUUGUUACCGUGGUCUGCUCGAUUUGAUACUAUUGUGUCACUUUGGGUAUUUGAAAACUCCCCCGACCACUAAUGAAUAUUCACACCAAGUCGCCGUAGCUGGAUGCCGAAUCAAUCCGUGAGAUGAGCGCUCUGGCAGAGUAAAUAUUUGGCCACCUAGACAUAUAUCCGAAUACAAGGAAUAGGCGGUUAACUUGCUUAAACUUUGCAAUAAUAGCAUAACAAAAUCUGAGAGCCUAAACAUGCAAAUGGUCAGAUACUGAAUUAAAACUACUAUGCC